UUAUAUGUGUGUGUGUGUGUUUAGGUCAUGGGUGGUACAAGUGAAUUAAGCUUUCCUUCUUCUAAUUUCAUUUCUUAUCUUAAUCUCUACUGAAUUAAGUUCUUGUACUGUUCUUGUUACCUGUGUUGUGGUUUUCCAUCUUAAUUCAGCAAUUAUUGUUCAUUUAUUUCUUUUAUUGUUUUUUAAAAUAUUUGUACUUAUGCUCAGAAGAGGUCACAGGUAAUUGCACAAUUUUCAUCAUUUCAAAGAUCCCAUUACCUAUCUCUCUCUCCUCUUCAUCUCUCUCUUGAUCUUGAAGGUGGAUUCUCCUGUUCACACUAACCAUACCGAUAUAUACACAAGAACUCUGACACAAAAUCUUGGCCAUAGCAAAAGCUAAUUUUUUCUUUCUUUUUCAACAUACCUUCAUGAUAACAAGACUCUUUUGAACAGCCUUUUUGAAGGCAUUGCCCUCUUAUCUCUCUCCUACACAUCUUUUUUUCAAAAAUCUAAAAAAAAAAAAAAAAAAAAGAAAAAAGAAAAAGAAAAAUUGUGUGAGAGAGUAGUGUGAUCUCUCACAUACAGUACAAAGAGAGAAAGCAGUAAAUCUAGUUCAUCAUUUCACCUCUCUUUAUUCAUGGCCUUCUUGGUGAAGGUCAUUGUGUGUUUCCUUAUUGUCAAGUCGUUAUCUUCUUCUCUCUCUCUCUCCUCUGCUAGCUUCUUGUGUCUAGCAGAAAGUCAGGAGCACCGAAAGCAAAGAGAUAUUGCGCCUAUUUUAUCGUUUGUGAAGUUCUUAUGCUUAUCAUAAAUGGUUAGUGUUCCAUGCAGUAGCAUGUUGACAAUUGUUACAGUGAGAUGUGGGCAUUGUGCAAAUUUGCUGUCGGUUAAUAUGGGAGCUUUGCUUCAGACUCUCCCGCAUCAAGAUCUCCAGAAGUUGCAGAAACAGCAAUUCAGCUUUGAAGAUGCAAGUAAGGACAGUGGCUCAUCUUCUAAAUGCAACAAGUUUGGUGCAUUCGAGUCUGCGGAGCAUGAGCCUCCUAGAAUGCCUCCUGUUCGCCCCCCUGAGAAGAGGCAACGUGUUCCUUCUGCCUAUAACCGAUUCAUUAAAGAGGAGAUUCAAAGGAUAAAGGCUAGUAAUCCUGACAUUAGUCACCGGGAAGCUUUUAGCACAGCCGCGAAAAAUUGGGCACAUUUUCCUCACAUCCACUUUGGGCUUAAGCUGGAUGGCAACCAGUAAGCAAAGUUGGAGCAUUCAAAUGCGAGAGAGCGGAUUCAAAAACCUAGUGGAUUCUAUUAAAAAAACAAUAGUACGUUGUGAGUAAAAUCAGGUUUGUCUAUGUAUAACACGCGUAAAUCUGAGGUUAAUUAAGUCUCCUAAUCAACUUUUAUGUAUUUCUCUACUUUACUUGUAUGCUGUGAAAUAACUGGAAUUCAAUUUCUUUUUCUUUUGUUUUUUUUUUUCUCACCGGUGAUUGCAUUUAUGUUGAACUUGAAAUAUUUCAGUAACAAUAUCUCCAUAAUAAUGCUCAUUUGUUUUGUUA